CACUUUUAGGCGGCUCUUCACUUCAACCUCUAUCCUGUGACGGCGAAUCCUGUGGCGGCGAAGUAUCCGACAGGGGGACGCAAGUUUUUCUCUCUGUAAUUUUCUCGCUGCUGAUCCGUACCUUGCCCUGGGCAAGAGACCAUUUAAGAUUCACGUAAAUCCGAAUUCUCUGUUGUGGAAUGAAUUUGUGGACGUGCAGGCAGGAGUUUGACACCAGGGAAACGCAGUGAAUGAACGGCCGCAGUUCAUUCAAAGAAAGGUAUUCAAGGCUGCGUUGGCAUCUUCGCGGAAAGACCGCUCUACUACAAUGCAUUUGCGUUAAACGGGGCUGCGGCUCAAAAGCCCAUGGCAUGUUUUCGGUCGGGGGGGGGGGGCGACCGCUACGAGGGGCCCACAAGACAAAUGACGCGCCGCGAAUCGAACGAAUUCGUGCUCUUCUCCGUCCAAUAUUACACUCCCGCAAAAACUGUUGGCGAAACUGUCGGUCGCUGAACCUGGAAACGUCUCCUUGUCUCGUGACGACCAAGUUACAAAUUAUAGUAGUAGUUGUAGGAAUGGUAGAGCAACACCGCUCCGUGCAGAUCAGCACAGGUAGUUACGGCGGGUCUGCAUCAUUUUUGAAGAGCGAGGGCCAGCCAGAGCAGUGUGAAUUCCGCGCAGAAAUCUCCGUAGAGCUCAGCGGUCUCGUAUCGGGUACUGCACUGAGUCGACAAGUUUGUUUGCGCGUCACAGCAUUCCGCAUAAGCUUCCAUUUAGUCCAUUUCGUCCUCAAAAUGCUGUCCAAAUCAGCAUUCAAAAGAAGCCCUAACUCUGUAUAGCGGUAAUUACUUGGAAUGAGGCCACCGCCAGUUGUGAGUAUGAGCCGUCAACAUGCCAGUUCCAUACAUACCCGGUAAUUGAGUUGUAUUACGACACCGCAUUCUCACUGCCCAGAAGACUGCCAAGUAUGUGCCGAGCGAGAUGUUCCGCAAAAGACAAUUUCCGUUUGCAGCAGUUUAUAUAAAAAAGGCAUACAUGGUACCUGGAAGAAUGGUUUGUUGCAAUAUCCCGCCACUCGUUACGACGAUGAGAAACGGGCAUAAUACAUGACUUGUCCGAGUCUUACGCAUGUCAUGAAAACAGAACUCUGCGCGUGAUGAAAGGCUUCUUGCGAAACACACAUUCAAAGCACUAUAACAAGAAGACGACCGGCUCACCAACUUCACUUCUUACGCGCUUUGCAACCUUUUCAAUCGUGAAUUGUGCAGUAUCACUUUCGGUUGACUCAUGUUUUCCACUUCACAAGCUGCUUUCUGCUGACUAUUUCCCAUUCCUCGUUGCUGUGCAAGAUACGGAAAGAGUACUUCAGUGUCAGAUGAGAGACGACGGCAAUUACCGAGACGGCUAUACUCAGCGUUUUAACCCAGUCUGCAUUUAAUAGAUACACAGGGAGACAGUAAGACACUAUUACACGACUUCGAGCUUGAGAGGGGACAAUCCAGAAAGCACCGUUGGGCGAGUUUUUUCAUUUCCACCAGACAGCAUGGAACUGCUACCGCAGAUAGUUCUUCAAAGUGGAAUUUCUACGUGGAACACAGGAACCUUUUACGUCCUUUGCAGAAUAGGAUCCUGAUUACAGAGGAGAGAGAAGUCAGUAUCAGAAGACGCAGUAAAAAUCAGUCUCCGACAACGUUGCAGGCGGACGUAACUACAAGCUUGUCUUGCAGAUGACAGACAACUAUUGGCUUCCUUUGUUCCACCGGAUGGGGCUCUGAUGUCAGCCUCAAAAGCAUCUGUUAUGCUUAUAAGACAGAUGAGAGAAGGACGUUCUGCGUUGAGAUUGCUGCAGAGAGCCACUUCCAAGGUAUUUCCCGGAACGCCGGCAUUCUACCGCUGAUACAAUUUCUCCUCUGAUGAGACCACAACACGCGACGGUUAUAUUGGACUUAAUUUUUCCUUCAACUUUUUACCCGCCUGUGCCACUUGAAAUAUUUUUCGAAGACAAAGUAAGAGGAGCACACAAACACAGCGCAGACAAAUGGAAUCAGCCUGUGUGUAACAGCUGUCGUGCCCUCCUAUUCCCACAAGCCUCCGUGGCCCUACCGAAGAAGAGCGAAAUCUCGUUCAGGAACUUCCUCCAGAGUCUCUGUGCCGGGACUCUUGAGAUGGGCAUAGCAGUCUCCAGUUUUACGCCCACGGACACACUGUUCGAGCUGCAUGCCUGAUUAUACGAACGAAGAUGAACAAAAUACACGCUGCAGGAAGAGCGGGGCUCGACAGGGCGCACUGAGGGUUGCCUAGUCUGUCAUUAAGCCUGUCGUUGGUUCCAUCUUCAGGUCUGGUGAAUAAUCCGUCUGUUUGAGUACUGCGGCUCACCGUGUCACCCGGAUAAUCCCUUUAAUCAAGUGCGCGGCACCGAAGUGGAAAACCUGACAAAAUUCCGCUUUCCCCUCCCGGCACCUGUCUCUCACAAAUUACUCAUCUUGCUAGCGUUCUGAACGGUUGUUUCGCGCUCUCUAGCUUCUGCCGCCACCCCAGGUCCUGGGUUUUCUGCACGGCUGUCGGCUCCAAGGCGCAUGAACCACUCGCUUGCCCUGGGGGUUUUCAUGCGAACCCCCAAAACGACUCAGCUCUCCGCAUCUAAAUGUUGCCGUUGUGUACCUUCUUUCUUUCUGCCUUCCCUCCUCUUCCACUUUUUCGGUGGAGGUGUUCUGCUUCCGCCUUCUGUCUACUUAUGCAUUCACUGUCUCUCUCUCUCUCUGCGGACGGUGUCCGAGGCCGUUCGGUUUGGGCAGCCCUAGUCCUGGCGCUUGCCAGGCUGGUUUUCUUUGCGGGAGAGCAGCUUCGAUCGUGGGUAGAACCGCCCUUAUUCCAUCUUUUUCUUGGACAAAAAGGGACAUGUCCAAAAGACAAGCUUUCCCGAUUCAAGACAUGGGGACUGCGCGCGAUAUCUUUCGUCUACUCCGGCGUUACUGGUACGCCGAUGCAGCAGCCCAGCCAGCUUAUCGAGUACGAACCUCGUCUUUCGUGUUUGCACUGUUUCCGCUCAUUUCGUGAAAUUCCCUUCUUCCAUCGGGCUCUUCUGCGAAACAUUGCGCUCUUUUCCAGCGUGAAGUUUUACGUGUGGACACUUUCAUGUGGAAUUUCAUCUCCGUCCUCUUCACCAGACUGCAAUGCUCCUCGCUUAUGGCCUGGACAGCUCGCCGAAAUCUUGAUUGGAACUGUCCAGAGUUUUCUCAAUUGCGGAAUGUGAAGUCUGUCGUGUCGUGUAACGGGUUGGGUCUCGAGGGACAAGGCUGUCAUCUUUUGUGGAAAGACAGGGUUGCCCGGGACAUUCUCUGCCGGUGAAUCUUCCGGGUACAUCCGGGCCUCUCGCCAGCUUACGUUUACUGUCUGUGCUGCCCGAUAAAGAAGCAAGAACAUUUCUUCGUGAUUUUUUUCCGUGCCACCGUCUAGUUUCGAAUGAAUUAUAUGGUGUGUCUACAAGCUGGAAGGGCUGAGCGAAAAACAGCCUGCCUACAGUGAGGCUUUUUGGCGUCCGUUUCUCCGGGAGCCCCACCGUCCUGGAGGAGUUUACUUCAAUUCAGUUCCUCGCUGCGACUAUUUCAUUUCACUUUCUCAGAGGUGGAAUACCGUGGUUUUCCAGCCCUCUGGCAUGAACAGGUUUCCUAUGAGUUCCGUCUUGAAUUUUCCAUGCAGCUUGCGCAUCUGUCCUAUUACCUUUCCCCCCUCGCCUUCAGUGCACACGAGAAGACAGUUCUCAAUAGGAGCCCGCCCGCAGUUGAAGAGGAGCGAACUAUAUUGCUGUGGCUCCUCGCCUUACGGCUGCAUGCUCACAGGCUCAGCGGGCAGAUGCGCCGGCUCACUGAUGCUCUAUCAACCACCGUCAGCAGAACUCCCUUUACAACCGGUGGAUUCGAAAAAUUCGACAAAGCCGAGGAAAGUAGACGGUUCUGGCACGUACGAAUGUUUCAGUCGCUCUGAUGGAGGGAACUCGCCAUAGGUCCAGCUUGUCGGCAGGGAAGAGCGAUUUGCAGAAUCGCGACGUGGAGGAUGUGGAACUUGGGCAGAUGAGGGACACAACAGGAGAGUUGGGGGAAGAACGCAGGCGCCUGACGAAAGACACGACUGACGAUUUGGGAAAUGGAGAUACACCCACGGGACAAAGAACUUUGGACGCUAUGGAAGAGGCAAGCGCCUACUCGUCGCACUUCACGGAAGAGGCGACAUGGCAGAAGGGAUUUUGCGGCCGGCUGCGGGAAUCCGUAGAUGUGUUUGUGUCCGAUAUUUUCAACAGUGAAACGGACUUUCACACCGCGUACACGAAUGCAAAGACACGGAUAGCAGGGAUGGCGAGCUCAACUACGACGCGGAGUGAAACAGCAGAGGGCAUCAGCGCAAGUCAGUACCUUCGCUUCUUUCCUCUUCGCUUCAGGGAGGGGGAUCUAGAGACGGAAUACGGACAGGUUUGCGGUCAACUGUUCAUUGGCCGUGACUUCCUUGUUCUUGUCUUCACAAUUCUCUUCAUCAUCCCGACAGCCUGGUAUCUUGGCGACUACUGCUUUCAGUCCAUCGACCUGCGUGAACACUCCUAUAGCGCCUGGGUUGCGUUCCACUCCGCCUGCGGGGUCGACCUCCUUGUCGGACUUGCUUCACUGUUAUGCAUUUUAUUCCCAAGAUUCUGCCCCUGUCUGCGCAACCACUACGAAGUUUUUUCAUACGCCAUCGUCUUCCUGUGGAUGACCGUUCUGAUGGUUGUCCUAGCAACAUUUCCACAUCUGGUGGUUGUGCCAGAUCCCAUGGAGCUUCUGUUCACUUCCGCGCACUACGACUUGGCCGCAGAAAUCAGGAAACUCUCGCCGAUCUGUCGCAUGAUUCAAGGGAACGAAGACCUCUUCGAAUACACGCAGGCCCUCAAACAGGAUAAUGCAGAUAUAGGCGCAGCAAUGACGGCCUGCGCGAAGAACCCAUCGUGCGUCACGGGAGCUUUGGAGACCGUCUCUCUGAAUGCUGCGAGCUGCGCCCAACAGCUGAAGAUGAUGGCGGGACAAGGCGACGUCGGUUCCCUCCACGAGGCUCUGUGGCUCCCGUUUGCGCUCUACGUAGUCCACGUGAAACAGAUGCUGCAUGUCUUCAAGGUCCCGAUUAUUGCCAUUGGCCUGAUUAUCGUCCACUUCGGAACGGGCAUGAUGUUCAUGGACACCCUGUCUCCGUCCAGGACCAAGUUCACCCUUGCGCUCCACAUCGUUGUCGUUCCCAUCUGCGCACUCCCGUUCAUUCUUUUGCAAAGGAAGUACCCUUCCAUCGUUCCGCUCCAAGAAUCGUUCCUAUUCCUCUUUGCGUUCACGUUCGUGGCGAUAGCAGGAUUCGUUGGACGAUAUGCGCAAGAAUUUCAGCAUCGACUUCUCUUCUGUUCAUGGCGCGUGACCAGCAAGAAGCUGACGGAUUUGAACGCCAGAAUAAAGAGCCAGAAAAAACAGAAGAAGAGCUCGACUGCUGUCGAGGAAUUGAUCUCCCAAGUCAAAGAGUGUCAGACCUUGUGUGGUAUGGCUCGAAGCCGGGGCCGUCGCGCAGACGUUAUGGAGGAGUUGAUUCAGAUGGAGAAGCUUCUCGAAAGAAUCCUUGAAAUUCUUACCCAGACCGAGAACCUCUACUCCGUCCAUUUCGCUGACACGAAUGAGGUUCAGAGACAGUUCAUUGAGUUGUACAACAAACCGGAGAAUGCGAUACGCGACGUACCGCAGCGGAGCGGGAGCAAGAGCACUCAGAGGCACCUCACUUCAGGCGCCGGUUCGAUGGCAUCAGGUCCGUCGCAUGGCGCGACAUCAGGAGGGCUUCAGCUGGGCAGCGACACGAGCAUGCUCGUCACGGAAUUGACCGCCGGUAGUCCAACGAGGAGCUCGUCUAGCCCCGUUGUUGGCUUUGAGUUCGGCUCAGGGUUCGAACAAAUUAACAGUGUGUUGGGCGAGAACGGGAUGCCGGGGAUGAUGUUCAAGAAUCUGCCGAUGCCUGAACACACCGCGGCACUCUUGACCUCUGUGGGUGUCGACUGGGACUUCGACAUGCUGCAUCUGAACUCGCAAACGGAGAAUGUCAUCGUCGAGGUCGGCUACGCCCUGUUGUGUCGCCUAGUUCCCGACCUGGGGUGCGAGGAAGUCCGCCUCAUUCGCUUCCUCCAUGCCAUCCAAAUGCAGUAUCGCGACAAUCCGUAUCACAACAAAAUCCAUAGCGCCGAAGUUGCACACCUCACAGAAUGCCUCACGCGCAUGCUCAACGCCCAGAGGAACAUGAACUCGAUCGACAAGGUCACCCUCACAGUCGCCGCGCUCUGCCACGACGUCGGUCAUCCCGGAAGAAACAACCAGUUUUUCAUCAACGCAUUCGAUCCUCUCGCAGUUAUCUACAACGAUGUCGCUGUUCUUGAGAACUUCCACAGCUGUUUGACCUUCCGAACUCUCGAAAACAAGGACCGCAACAUCUUCGCUUGCCUCGAUGAAAGUAGCUUCCGAUAUAUUCGACAAUACGUUAUUGAAUGCAUUCUCGCGACCGACAUGAAACAACAUUUCGAGAGUCUGUCGCGUUUCCGAAUUCGGCGAAACUCUCCUGAGUUCAACUACGUUAAAAACGUAGAGGACAGGUGGUUCGUCGCGAGGAUGUGCGUGAAGGUGGCAGACAUUGGACACUCGUGCGUCCCAUGGAACCAGCACUUUGAGUGGUCCUCCCGAGUGGUGGAGGAGUUUUACCUACAGGGUGACGAAGAACGCUCGAGGAACAUGCCCGUGUCGCCGCUCUGCGAUCGCGAUAAGCAUGCGGACAUGGCAAAGUCACAAGGGGGAUUUUUGGAGUUCGUUGUCAAGCCGCUGAUCAAAGAAAUCGAUGAAAUCGACCCGUUUGGGCGUGUCCGCUCGGAUAUCUUGUCGCAUAUUGAGUACAACGAGAAGAAGUGGCAAGAGCUGCAGGAGUCCGGGACAGAGGUUGUGUUGGUGAGUCACACGAGCGCCGAAGCGGCGGAUCGGAACACGGUGACGACCUACGCAGUGCGCAAGAUCGCGGGGAUUAGUCACCAGCAGUCGAAGACUGCGACGUCGAAGCCGAGCGCGGCGUUCUUUGCACCCGACCAAGGCCUCCGAUCAGCGAACAGCAAGAUGAUGCUUCGCACCAUCGGUUCGAUGCCGGACGUGAUUCGAAAGCACUUGCAGGAGGCGCAGAAGGAAGAGGGCGAGGGCGAAGAAAAAGCACCGGCCGAGGCGCCCGCGUUAAGUCAGGGGGCCUCUGGGGGUCAAGUGGCGCCAGUAGCGUCUGGAGCGAGGAAGGACAGCCGCGACUCACAGACGUCGCGCCGGGGCGACAGCGCCGAAGAGCGCGUUUUGCCUCGGCCUCGCCGGUCGCACGGCAGUGGCGGAUCGUCUCUCGUCGGCGAAAAAGUGAAGGAGCGCGUGAGUUUCGCAGACAGCGUCGUGUCCCUGGGGCGCCGCGGACAACGCGGCGCUUCCACCUCCACCGACGGCUCCGGAAGGCUCGACACCAACCUGAGUCUCGCGUUCACAGCUUCAGAUUCGGCCGCCGGCCUCGACUCGUCCCGGGCGUCGGACGACAAUGCGCGCAGAGACAAAGGAGAGCUAAACGCAACCGGCAGCCGCACUUCGACGAGCAGCUCGGGCGGCCGAUCGCGCGAGCUCAGCCUCGAGGAAGCCUCGCACACGGACUCGGGAUCUUCCCCCAGGGGCUUAUUAUCUUCAUCUGGCUUACGCGUCACCUUCGGGGAUUUAUCGGAGGAAGACGAUAGCGAGGAUGCAGAUUCGGACGAGUACAAAUCCGUGAAAUCCGAGCGAGAAACUUCGGGGGCUUCUGAGAGCCAUCAAUCGCCGGCCGGAUCAUCCCAAGGCGCACCGCCACGACUCUUCGAGACGGCGGUGACGAUGAAGAAUCCAGAACACCACGCGUCUCGGAAGCAAUAAUUCUUCUUCGUUUUUUUGCUCGUUAUGCGAGCGCCCCUGAAUUGUUUUGCACAUUCUCGCGGCCUCCUUGGCCCUGACUUUGACAUUUCUCGUUCCGGUCUGCGUCUUACCGUCGUGCGUUCCAAUGCCUGUCGGAGCAGCGUCCAUUCUCCCUGCUCGGCGGGAGUCGGGGACGCAGUCCUAGGUUCGUGACAGAGAGGAAGCGUCUGGGAGAUGGAGGAGUGCCAGCUCUUGAAAAGGCUCAUGUCUUCCAGCAAUUCAGUCGUGGCAAAGAGUCAGACUGGACUUGAUCGAGAAGAAAACGCAGCGCAAGAUUUAAAGGCUCUGUGAACGGCCUGUGACUUCCCCAAUAACGCAGGAUCUGUCGAAGCAGGUUUCUCGCCCGCGUAUCGCUGUAUACGUUUUGAUUCGACAUCUCUCGCGCAGCCAACUGGACGGCCUGUUGGUUUGGAGCCUGCGCUCGAGCAAUCGCAUGGCCCCCGCGUUCGCCUGACUCGUCCUUUUCACAGCAUGAAUCGCCUCUGUUGCGCGGCGAGACUCUGUCUGCGUGCGUUUGCGUCUUCCCAUCGUCUGUUCCAGGCGGUGUAUCGAGAAACCUUACAGUUUUCGCGCACGUUCACAAUUUGUUUUUGUGGAGAGAAGCGGUUUGUCGCGGCGCGCGAACCGUUUCGCGAGCGUUUCUAGACUGGAGAAAAGCGCCACGACUUGCCCAUGUAUCCCCCGCACUACCUCUUUCCUGUCUUCGCCUUCUACACACCGAAACCCAGUCUUUGGCCGUGAGCGCCUCACUGCUUGCAGGCUUCUGACGGGCAGACAGUCUCUGCUCCCUCUCGUUGUUCCAGCUUCUCUUGCCCGAGAGCCUAUCAUAGCAGUGGGGGCGAAGCCCAAAACGGGGGGAGUCGGUAAAAUCCGUCUCCCAGGUUUUGCUGGAGGGCCUUGCUGUGUCUCACACAGCAACGCUGGCUGGUGUGUGUCUGCAACGGAGAUGAUUCAUCUCUCCGUGUCUGUGUUGAAAAAGUCUUCGUUUUCUGCCCUUUUGCGUGUGUCGGGGGAGCUGCAGGUCUGUGGGCGCCGUCUGUGGAAAGGGGUCAGGCAGGUAUCGCGCUGUGGGUUCCUCAAGGUGCCUUCUCGCUGUGCCCCUGCUGUUUUUUUUUCCUGAAAAGGAAAGACUGGCGCGAGUUGUGUUUUGUGGUCGCCACUCGUUGGAGCAGGUGCGACAGCGUCCAUUUUUCUGCGACCAAAGACGCGAGGGAAGAACCUCUUUCCUCGCUUCCCAACGUUCAACCCCAGUUUUCCCGGUC